AUGCCCAAGGGAACUCCCCAAGCAUCCCACGAGGCGAUGCAAAAAAAAGCCACCGGCAAGGACCUCAACACCAUCCACGAUCAAAAGACACAACUCGGCACAUACCAGGCCGCCACGCCCCUAGUGCGACAACGGCGCAAAAACACCCAACACAAUAACAAACCCACCAACACGGCAGACAUGGUGGCCCAUACACACCAGGCAGACACUAGGAGAACCAAAAACUGCAACGACACCAGGGACGACGAAAGGCCCCCAAACUCGGUCAAAAAAGAGACGAACCAGAAGAGCACCACCCCACCCAAUCCACCCAAGAAAACUUGCAAGCACAGACGAGACGCGGUCAAAUUCGCCAAAAACCGACAAAAAGCCAAAAACAAGAAACACGCGUCGGCCGCCGUGAACCACAGCGACUCAGAAUGGGAGCCAGAAACCCCACAUCGGCCCAACUGA